AUGGACACUCCGGACAAACCCUCCAGCAAACCAACAUUCACUGCUCAGGCGAAGUCCCACGACAAGUCAUCGCAGGAGAACCAAUCUCAAGCACUUGCAAGCGUCUCGUGUGAAGACACAAGAGGAUUUUGUGCCGUUCAACGCGCCCUUCCCGAUGCUGAAAAGGCUCCAGGCGAUGCGGGUGCCAUCGAAAUAGCAACCAGGGGUCUUCCUACGAGAUCAAAGCUCAAUCAAGAGCCUUUGGUCACACGAGAUUCAGCCGGCCGUGUCUACGGAUCGGCAAGUGACUCCGAGAAGAGCAGGGCUGGCACAAAACCCGAGACCAGUGAGGAAAACUGGGAGUUCAUCAAACAUUUUGUCGAUCAUCGUUAA